GUUUCUAAUUCCAGGCUGGAGGUUGGGCUGGAUUGUCAUAAAUGACAGAAAUGACAGUUUCUCAGAAGUGAGACAAGGAUUGGGAAAACUCUCUCAAAGAAUCCUGGGUCCCAACACCUUAAUCCAGUCCGCCAUUCCAGAAAUUCUAGGGAAUACAGCCAUGUCUUUCUACACAGAUACCUUAAAUUACAUUGAGAACAAUGCCAAGCUGUUCUACAAACAUCUUUAUGAUGCGCCGGGGCUCAACCCAGUCAUGCCUCAAGGAGCAAUGUACAUGAUGGUUGGCAUUGACAUGGAAUUCUUUCCCGAUUUCAAGUCUGAUGUCGAUUUUACAGAGUGCAUGAUCACUGAAGAGAGUGUUUUCUGUUUACCAGCCACAUGUUUCCAGUACCCAAACUUCUUCCGUGUCGUCUUGACAAUACCAACAGAGAAAGUAAUAGAAGCUUGCGACAGAAUCAGAGCCUUCUGUGAAAGACAUUUCCGACCUGGAAUGAGUGUAAUUAAUAAAUAUGAUUUAACAUUUAAGAGAAUCAUGAAUGGAUUACAAAUCAAUGGAUGCAGUGAAAUGUUUGAUGUUGAGAAAUGA